AAACAUUUUGCAUGUGAAGAAUGAUUGCGAUAUGGAAGACAAUUCCAGGGAUGAUUUGACACUCAGUGCUUUAUGACAUGUAAACUUUAACCGAUCAUGGUAUCGUGACAGGGAAGCGGGACAUUCAAAUUUGAUGUGUUGACCAACACAGACACCAUGAAGCACAAUGUUUGUAUGGUGUCUGAUUUUUUCUUCCCAAACAUGGGAGGAGUGGAGAGUCACAUCUACCAGCUGUCACAGUGUCUUCUGGAACGUGGACACAAGGUCAUUGUGGUCACCCAUUUCUACGGAGACAGGAAAGGAGUCCGAUAUCUGACCAAUGGUCUCAAGGUUUAUUACUUGCCAUUCCCAGCCUUCUACAACCAGUGUAUAUUGCCGACCAUCUUCACUACAUUACCACUGUUGAGGAACAUCUUCAUAAGAGAAAAUAUCACAAUUGUCCAUGGCCAUUCAGCAUUUUCCACACUGGCUCACGAGGCAAUGUUCCAUGCCAGAACCUUGGGACUGAAGGCUGUCUUCACCGAUCAUUCUUUGUUUGGAUUCGCAGAUGCCAGCUCCAUUCUCACCAACAAAAUCCUGCAGUUCUCAUUGGCUGAUUGUAAUCACGUGAUAUGUGUUUCUCAUACUAGUAAAGAGAACACAGUUUUAAGGGCCAAUCUACAACCAGAUGUUGUGUCCGUUAUACCUAAUGCAGUGGACGCCACCAUGUUUGUUCCCGACCCUACUAAACGUCACCCAGGCAAAAUCACCAUUGUGGUGGUGAGUCGAUUGGUGUAUAGAAAAGGGAUGGACCUCCUCGCUGGUAUCAUACCUAUCAUCUGUAAAAGGCAUCCUGAUGUCCAAUUUAUCAUAGGGGGAGAUGGUCCCAAACGGAUCGUGUUAGAGGAGGUGAGGGAACAACACGAGCUCCUCGACCGAGUCACGUUACUGGGGACCCUGGAACACACACGCGUCAGAGAGGUCCUGGUUCAGGGCGAUAUUCUGGUGAACACGUCACUGACCGAGGCCUUCUGUAUUGCUAUUGUAGAGGCGGCAUGUUGUGGAUUGCAAGUUGUCACAACCAGAGUUGGAGGUGUCCCGGAAGUGCUGCCUCCCGACCUCAUCUAUAUGGCUGAACCCACCAUCUCAAGCUUACUUGCAUCAGUUGAGCGUGCCAUUGAAGAUCGGCGUCAAGGGAGAGAAGUACCCCCGUUUGAAGCCCACAGAAGAAUUAUGUCACUAUAUACAUGGAGAAAUGUGGCCAUGCGAACGGAGAGAGUAUAUGAUAUGGUUUGUUUGGCAGAACCUCGAGACACUUCUAUUAGACUUAAAAGUUACUAUCAAUGUGGUCCUUUAGCCGGAAAACUGUUUGUCAUUGCCGCAGUGAUCAAUAUUUUCCUUCUCUUUCUUAUUGGAGUUAUACAGCCUGCACAGGUUAUAGAGAGUGCUGCAGAAUUCCCAAGACCAUCAACAAAACACAGAGCACUGGAAAAUAAUCACAGUGUAACAAAUAAGAAAGUAAAGUAUGCAUGACAACAUGUGCUAGGUAUAACAUGUAUGAUUUUAUUAUAGGAUUGGUAAUAAUUACCCUCUCAUUUCUAGCCCAACACCAAAAGAUACAUGUAGAUGACCAGCCAAUAUCUGGUGUAUUGGGAUAGAGGAAUUCGGGCUUGGGCUGUUUAAUGUUUUCCUUUGAAUUAGAAUGAUGUUGAAAUAAUUGUUGUUGCUGUUUUAAUGCAGAAAUGCUAUGGCAUUAUCCUCAGGGUCCGCCUUCUCACUAAAUGUUCAGAUUUGUUCUUCGUGAAUGUUCAUUUUGGGUCAAAUAUUAAUUGGUGUUCUACAUGAAUGUUCAUUUUGGGUCAAAUAUUGAUUGGGUGUUCUACAUAAAUGUUCAUUUUGGGACAAAAAUAGAUUGGCAUUUUACAUGAAUGUUCAUUUUGGGUCAAAUAUUGAUCAGGUGUUCUACAUAAAUGUUCAUUUUGGGUCAAAUAUUGAUUGGGUGUUCUUCAUGAAUGUUCAUUUGGGACAAAAAUAGAUUGGCAUUUUACAUGAAUGUUCAUUUUGGGUCAAAUAUUGAUUGGGUGUUCUACAUAAUGUUCAUUUGGGACAAAAAUAGAUUGGCAUUUUACAUGAAUGUUCAUUUUUGGUCAAAUAUUGAUCGGGUGUUCUACAUAAAUGUUCAUUUUGGGUCAAAUAUUAAUUGGUGUUCUACAUGAAUGUUCAUUUUGGGUCAAAUAUUGAUGGGUGUUCGACAUAAAUGUAUAUUUCAGGUCAAAUAUUGAUUGGAUGUUCUACAUAAAUGUUCAUUUUGGGACAAAAAUAGAUUGGCAUUUUACAUGAAUGAUCAUUUUGGGUCAAAUAUUGAUUGGGUGUUCUACAUAAAUGUUCAUUUUGGGACAAAAAUAGAUUGGCAUUUUACAUGAAUGUUCAUUUUGGGUCAAAUAUUGAUCAGGUGUUCUACAUAAAUGUUCAUUUUGGGUCAAAUAUUGAUUGGGUGUUCUUCAUGAAUGUUGAUUUUGGGACAAAAAUAGAUUGGCAUUUUACAUGAAUGAUCAUUUUGGGUCAAAUAUUGAUUGGGUGUUCUACAUAAUGUUCAUUUGGGACAAAAAUAGAUUGGCAUUUUACCUGAAUGUUCAUUUUUGGUCAAAUAUUGAUCGAGUGUUCUACAUAAAUGUUCAUUUUGGGUCAAAUGUUGAUUGGGUGUUCUUCAUGAAUGUUCAUUUUGGGUCAAAUAUUGAUGGGUGUUCUACAUAAAUGUUCUUUUUGGAACAAAUAUUGAUUGGGUGUUCGACAUGAAUGUUGAUUUUGGGUCAAAUGUUGAUUGGGUGUUCUACAUGAAUGUUCAUUUUGGGUCAAAUAUUGAUUGGUGUUCUACAUAAAUGUAUAUUUCAGGUCAAAUAUUGAUUGGGUGUUCUACAUGAAUGUUCAUUUUGGGUCAAAUAUUAAUUGGUGUUCUACAUAAAUGUUCAUUUUGGGUCAAAUAUUGCUGGUGUUCUACAUGAAUGUUCAUUUUGGGUCAAAUAUUUGAUACUAUAAAGUCAAAUUGCAAUUUGUUUGAUUUAAAAAAAAACAACUUUUGGUUCAAAGAUUUCCUUGCCAAAUCAUGAGAUUAAUGUUUUUGUGGUUUAUAUUUUGAAAGGUUUGCCAAUAUACAUGUAUUAUAAAUCAAAGCAUCAAGUCACUCUCAUUAAAUACAUAAUAAGAUGGUGGGCUAAAUCAAAUCAUCCUUUGUCUUUCGCUUGUCAUCUGUCCAUAAACAAUUCUUGUUAUUGCUUGUUCUGGAAAAGUACUGGAAGGAUAUUCCAAAACUUUAUUGUAGGUUUCCCUUAGUUCAAUUAGAAUAGUGAUGUUGCUAUUGUGUAGCAUGUGUCGUGUUCAAGAAAACCUCAUACAUUUUCAAGUUUUCCCUUCUGGACUAAUGCUAAAUAAUCUGUGGUAGUAAACUCCACCUACAUAUUAGUUUCACAUUAAUUAUGUCUCUCCCUCUAACGAGUUAUCUCAGGUGAAGAUGCAUGGUUCGAAGCUCCCUACCCAUGUCAAUUCUAGUUUCUUGGGAAGCUGAGAAACAAUAUGCUUUGUGCUGUCGUGGUGGUUGUCUCCUUGGACAAGACACUGUACUCUAAUUGCUCUGAAUAGCAUGAGAUAGGCCUCCUGUAUGUUGUUCAGUGAGGUAGUCACCAACUACUACAAGGAGACACCAUCUCAAAAUGAUUCUGAUUCUUCACAGGGCGAAAAUCCUUCAAACAAAUCCUCUAAUGAGAUAUGUUGGUUUGGUCGAAGAUCUGGUUCUGACUGUUUUGUUAUUGUUGUUGUUAUGAUAUUGUUUUUCGACAAUACAUAUCUACUUGUUUGUUUAUCCAACUGUUAAUAGUACAUGUGACUUUACUCAUUACUGUAUCAAACAAUCAAAAUGGUGCUCCCUUUAAAGCUACAUACUCCCGAAGAAACAUAUAUCAAUGUUUACAUUUUGAGCUUUUUACAGUUUUCGGACUUGAUACAUACCUAACAGAUUAUGGUGAAUCAGAAACUGAAAGAAAUUGUGUAUUUAUGAAAGUAUACAGGGAAUUCUCAAAAAUUAUAACUGUGGCUGCUGGACCAAGUUUCUCUGAAAAUUAGUCCCACAAUGCAACGGCGAGUUUUACAGUCCAUACAAAAUGGGGGAAUGCCGCAAGCCUGGUACUGCGAAAACGCAGAUAGAUUCCUGCCAAAAAAAGACACAAUGGUGAGUGGAAUCGGCAAAACUCGAGUAUUUCCUUAGUAAAGGAAAUGAUUCGUUGGAACUUAACGAGAGAAGAAAAGGGA